CCUGGGAUGUCACUCAAAUGGAAAGGACACUCCCACUCCCCAUAAAACUGUUGAGGCCAACCCGGCCCAGCCCUGAUCUCACUUCUUCUUCUCAGCUACUCAUCACCAGUGACUACAUCCACUUUCACAAUGGCAAGCAUGAUUGUUCAGAACAUGUCCUUCAAAGUUGGGCAGACCUUGACUAUAGUCGGAAAGCCGCAGCCUAAUGCUACACAUUUUGCAUUGAAUAUCGGCCCCAACGAGAAGGACAUUACCAUGCAUAUCAACCCACGGUUCAACGCCAGCGGAGAUCAGAACGCCGUGGUGUGCAACUCUUACCAGAACGGCAAAUGGUGUGAGGAGCACCGGGAGGGAGGCUUCCCAUUCCGCCAGGGCGAGGAGUUUAAGAUCACUAUUUUGUUCACACCGGCGGAGUUCCUGAUCACUUUGUCGGACGGCUCUAAAAUCCAUUUUCCCAACCGUAUGGGUGCAGAGAAGUACUCCGUCAUCAAGGUCGGAGGAGAUGUUCGCAUCACCAGCCUCGAGAUUAAAUAAACCACAGCCAUUGUAGGAUUAGCAAUGCUUGCAUUAAGCCUUUUAUAUUUUGAAACUCAUAUUUAGCACAAUAAACCCACCAGUUUUAGUGUGAACUAUUCAAUAAUUUAGCCCAUUUGCAUAUAAAGGAUGUAGAAGUAGACAACAUUGCAUGUCAUUAUUCUACCAUUGACUGAAAAUUAAAUCCAUUUAUUACAGUUGUAAUUGUACACAACUGUAACGAUAAACAUUCCACAUUUGUACCAACGCUUGCAUUUAAUAAGAGCAAUAAAGCAACAUUUUAAACAAAA